ACCAAGAAUGAGGAGGAAAAUAACAGCGAAGCGAAACAUGGUGGCCCAAUAUUUCCAGUGUCAAGCACCGCUAGAGCAAAGAGUCCAGCCUUUGGUGAAAACGGAGAAGGAACCAGACCCAAUGGGAUCCGACCCACUGGGGGUAUCAGAGGGUUCAGUCAAAACCUUUCGUAUUGUGCAGGUUGGGGCGACUGGGGGAGGGCUAAAAAUGUUUACAUCUCAUCAGGCUAGAAGUGAGCGACAGGAAGCUCCCCAGCGCUGGGAAAUCCAGGGUCAGGAAUUGCCAACCCCUGACCUUACACCAGUCCACUCGCCUGCAUGGAGGAACCUCCAAGUACCGGAACUCACGCCAACAGAAGAUGUGGAAACCUACUUGGCUACCUUCGAGCACGUGGCUGAUGCGUGCAAGUGGCCGAAGGAACAAUGGGUCACCCGACUUGUCCCCGCUCUCAACGGAGCUGCGCUGCAGGCCUACAAUAGCUUGGAUCCCAGGGAAAGCGGAGAUUACAGCCGGGUCAAAGCUGCCAUUUUACGGGAAGAUGCCGCCAGCCUUGAAAGACACCGCCAGAACUUCAGACACUUUCGCUACCAGGAGGCUGAGGGGCCUCGCGAGGUCUGUAGCCGGUUACGGGGACUCUGCCAUCGCUGGUUGGAGCCAGACAGCCGCACCAAAGAGCAGAUUGUGGAGCUGCUGAUCUUGGAGCAGUUCCUGACUGUCCUGCCAGAGGAAAUUCAAGACUGGGUCCAGGAAUAUCGCCCCAAGACCUGUAUCCAAGCAGUUGCCCUGGCAGAGCAUUAUUUACUUAAGCAACGAGAGGGGGAGAGGUGGGAUCAGCAGGUGCUGGGGCCAUAUGUGCUCGAGGAGUCUUUAAGCUUCCCAGAAACAGAACAAAUGACGUUGGACUCCAGGCAGACGACUCUCUGCAGAGAGGCCAAAGAAGAGGUUAACGAAAACCCCAGCUCCUUGGCAGAUGAUGAUAUCCUGUCAAAAACCGAGGAAGAGUUUCUAGUCCAAGAAAGUACGAAGAAGCCAAGGAGCCGGAUCCUCCCCAAUCUGCAGCCCGCUCCGUUCGCCCGCCAAAAUGCUGACAGCUUGCUGGCUCUGAACAAACAGGCCCUUCACAAGCAAGAAACUCUCUUCCCGUGCCCCGAAUGCGGGAAGAACUUUUCUCGUAAAUCGACCCUCACCAGACAUCGGCGGGUGCACACGGGCGUCAAGCCCCACCAGUGUUCCGAAUGCGGGAAAAGGUUCCUCCACAAAUUCAACCUGGUGAAUCACAUGAGAACCCACGUGCGGGAGGAACCGAGCCGUUGUUCGCUGUGUGGGAAAAACGCAAGGCGGCAUUCGGCCCAGGGGGGCCAGGACAAAAAGACCGGCUGUUGCGAAUGCGACCAAAGUUUUGAAGCGCAAUUCAAUGUGGAGCAGAAAGCGCAGGAGAGAGAGGAUGUGUUUAGCUGACUUGAAUGUAGGGAGACAAAAUUUAGCUUACUUGAAUGUAGGAAGAAACUUAGACACUGCUCUGAACCCCAGAGGGGUUGGUUCUUGUGAAGUAGACCCCCACCUUCAGAUAAAAACACUUAAAUACAGGAAUGAUGAGAAAUGUUACCAGCAGCUUUUAAGCUGCAUGUUAUUGUUUUUCUUUUCCGUUGUGCAUUUGGUACUUGUGGAAGCCCAUAAAAAAGGGAAUGGGACAACAAAGUUCCAAUCUAUAUUUAUAUGAUGUCCCUCCUGAUGCCAAGGGAGAGGGAGAAAUCUGGAUCGCUGCUGUGUCAAAUGCACAUGACGUAGAGAUUUGAGCAGAGCUGGUGAAAAUUCCAGUCGCAGAAUUUUUGUUUAAAGCGAUUGAAUGGCAUCUGUCCAGAGACCGAUCUCUAUCCAUAGGCAAGGAUGGCUGUGAAUGUAGUGUGAUUCAGUUUGUGAUGCCCUUGCAAAUCCUGUCGUUGGAGGACAAAGAACAGGAACAGGGUUUCAGGGAGGAUUUCAGGCUGCCAUGGGAUGGGAGGAGGUGGAAAAUCAUUCUCCUUGAGCAGAAAUCUUUGCAUCCCUGGAAAUGUCUUGUCUGGAUCCAACCCACUGGGUUUCCUUCAGGGACAAGAGGGUAUCUAGUGGGAAUUGUAAUGUCUUCCUGAGAGCAGUGGAAACCUAAAGUUCACUUCCCGGCCGGUGCUACAUAACUUAUAUGAAUGCUGAUAAUUGACACGUGGGUGUAUGCCAUCCAAUCGUAUUUGGGAUAAUUGACGAUAAUAGUCACGAUUCCACUAGCCUGAAGUAUACCUCCAGGGAAUGUAUAGUGGAACAACACCUCAGAACUCUUUUGUCCAGUGCUUUCUUUACUGUGUUUUUUUUCUCCUUUUAGCAUGAUAUAUUUGAUAUUGUACUGUAGAUAGGAACGAUUAUACUGACCGUCAAUUUUUGUUGAGUUCCUUUUCGAAUAGUGCCUCAAUAAGAGGUGGAACAGUUUGAGAGUGUCUUCCAUUAUGGUUGUUUGUGUAAGGAAUCCCUCUACCUGUAAUGUUGCUGGGCAUUUUUCUCCCCUAAAUAAUGUUUAGGGUUCCUUCUAAGUACACUUCCAAAAUACUGGUGAGGAUAUGAAGAACCACAGUGUGUACUUCUGGCAUCCAAGAUAGCUUUGUGGUCAUGAUUUUCAAACAGUAGCUUUACCGUGUGACAAUUUGCAACCAGUUUGUUACAUGGUACAAGGACUUCCGACGUUCAAAGAGAAAUAAUACAUGAAAUCCUACUGAGAUUGAUUUUUGAAUCCCUGCCUCAGAUUUUGGGCUUUGUUUUUUGUUUUGUUUUGGGUACAUGUUUGUCAGAUACAAGUUUCAAGUGUCAAGUAUUCCAAGGCCUUCUACACUACCAUUUUUAAUUCCUGUAAUACUGUUGAUAUACCAAAAUUGCAUGUUUGGGAUUUUUGCAGCCCACAGCUGCAUAUGUACAUUUUAGAUUUUUUAAAAAAGAAAAAAGUUAUGUUUUUGUAUAUUUUUAUUAAAGCUUUAUUUUUUGUAGUUUGCACAUUAAAAUUUAAUGUUGUAAUAAGAAA